AUGAUUUCCAAAACGAAUUGUGAUAAUUACUCGAAUCGUAGCAAGGCGAGCAGAAGUCAUUCCGCUCAAGGUCUUGCGUGUCCCGUGUCUAGUCCUGCAAUGAAAAUACCGUUACCGCCCCGUCCAUGGAUUACAGAUGCCGAAGAUGACUCUUCAGAUGAUGUUGAUGGGUCAUCACGGGAUGAUGGAAUAUAUUGUAUGGAGCGAACCAGAAUGAGAUCUCGUUAUCGUCAUCAGAAGCAAAGACAAACACAUAUGAUUGGAAUAUUUUGGGACAUUGAAAAUGUUCAGAUACCACGGGGCUGCUCCGCCAUUGAUAUAGUUGCGGCUAUUCGUUCUAAGUUUGUAAGGGACGGUAAGAGGGAAGCAGAUUUUGUAGUUGUUUGCGACGUGAAAAAGGAAGCCACUCAAAAGCUUCUAGAACUUAAUGACGCACAAGUAAGCCUUAUACAUGUCUGUAAGACACAAAAAAACGCGGCGGAUGAUAAACUCAGACAAUGCAUGAGGAGGUUUGGUGACUUACAUUCAUCACCCGCCACUAUAUUAUUGAUCUCAGGAGAUAUUGACUUUGCAGCUGAUUUGUCUGACUUUCGUUAUAGGAAAAAUAUGGAGGUGAUAUUGGUGCAUAAAAGAAAUACGUCGGCAGCUUUAAUCGCAUGUGCCACGUCUCAUUACUCUUUUGAUGAGUUGGUAUCUACAUUGCCUAGAAAGUUGAAUCCACAAACCAAAGAAGAGGAUGUGUCCGUGGAAGUGGAAGUUACAAACUUGCCAAUAUAUCAGCGAGUUGAGCUCGUGUCAGGGCGGCUACGGCACUUGGCAAAGAAGUGUGGCGGAAAAGUAGUUCAAAUAAAUGCCCCAACGGCUGUUAUAAGGUUCUCUACUGUGGAACGUGCAGCACGAGCUCUGAUGCGUAUGGACGGAGAAGAUGUUUACGGAAGAAAAAUAAGCACGCGUUACGUUCGCACGAGCGUACCUCCCACAUACUCCAGCGACGAAGGGUACAGUACUGCGCCUGCGUCGUCAUAUGCAUCGGCAUCAACAUUUAUACCACCACCUCAGGUGUGUUCAUCACCACAAGAGGCGACCAAACUCGCGCCUCCGCAAUCUUCUGUUGCUAAAGAAUGGGCACUUGCAUUGCAACAGCUUCCUGCACCGUCUCCGCCACCGCAUGACUUUUGUCCUCCACCUGCGCCGAAGCCUCGCAAAAUUCGAGGAACUCAUGGCACGAUCAACCUUGACCGUUCCGGUUGCUCGUCAAGCAACAGUGCCGAUGGUCGCCGAGAGAGUGGCAGUCGAGCAGUGUCUCCGUGGAACUCUUCAGCCAGUUUCAGUGAGCAAAGCGAGGCCGAAGAGACUACGGCUGAGCUCACUGUCUCGAAUCUGCCGCCUUAUGAACCCUCCGUCUUACAGGAGAUGCUGAUACAGCUGUUCAACCAAUACAUCCCUGUCGUUCGAGUGUCAGUAUGGGCCGCAGGAGAAGGACCACUAGCAACAGUCGUGCUUCGUUCGGAAUGGGACGCGAGGCUAGCAAUUGCACGUAUUCACAAACGUCGCUUAGAUAACCAGUGGACGGGCCGUAGACUCGAACUGUCCUUAGGCAAACCUUCGCCCGCUCCAAACCUAGAUGUCCUCAGAGCCCGUCUUAGAGCUAUACUCCUCGACCAAAAUAACCACAUGUUGCCGCUUUUACGUCUGAGAGAUGCAUAUGCGAGUCGUCAUUGUUGUGCACUAACUACUUCAGAUAUAGCGAAGCUCAAAGAUACCGUAAUCAUCCAUGAAGGGUACGGUAGAAUGGUACAGUUAGUGGACUUAACCCCAGUUUCGAAUACUGAAAUGGAAGAAGCGCCCUGGAAGUGCCAUAUUCAUGCGUCUAUGAAUACCGGACAGGAGGAUGGGACUCGCAUCUUGCAGCCGGUUUAUAUGGAGAUUUCAGUACUAGCUAAGAAUGUUCAUAUCUUGUUAGAGAAUCAUGGUGGGAUCUUGCCACUGUUAAGCUUCGUAGAGUGCUAUGAGAGCCACUUCGAUGCCCUGGUGUGCGACACCCGCCACGGCGUUGCACUCGAGCUGUUGUUACGCAGUGUCCCCGGGAUAGAAGUUCGCGAUGUACCAUCUCGUCAUCUCGCUUGGCGUCAAACGGACUCCCUGCCUGAUAACACUGCCAACAGUGAGAGUUCCCGUUCAAGUGGCGAGCGCGACCGGCCCCGCACGGCUCCCGUUCUAGAACCCAUGCUCGCGUUGUUCGAACGUGAACUUAUUGAUCUCUUGCGUACAGCUCCGAGAUGCUCUAUACCGUUUAGCAAACUUAUUCCUGCCUUCCACCACCACUUCGGUCGACAAUGUCGUGUUGCUGACUACGGCUUCACCAAGCUGCCGGAUUUGCUCGCUGCACUCAGUAGUGCUAUCGUUGUUCUCGGGUCAGGUUCGUCUCGUAUCAUCACGAUUUCAGCUACCGCUCAGAGCCGUCGCUGGACUUCGGAUCUCGUGAAACUCCUUAAAGCUCAACCGGGACGUACCGUCAUUGUUAAUGAUAUCCCAUUGAUGUAUCAAACUACUUUUGGACGUCCAUUCUCCCCGGUCGAUUACGGAGUUUGUACAAUUGCGGAACUAAUGCAGCGAGUCGGACCGCAGGCUGUGUCCGUCGCUCAAGAUGGAUCUAUUUCAUUGCCGAGACGUACUCCAACGCCCGAGGAGAGAGCCAGGACGAGGCAGUUUGCUAUGCAGGCCGUGGAACUCCUCCGUUACACGCCGAACCUUCGCAUGGAAUUCUCUCGCUUCGUACCGGCCUACCACGCGCACUUCGGGCGACAGCUGCGCGUGGCGCACUACGGCUGCGUCAAACUGGUGGAACUGUUCGAGCUGAUCCCCGAGGCGGUGUCGGUGUGCGGCGAGAGCAACGGCGAGCGCAGCGUGCGCGUGGCCACCAAGGCGGCGCGCGCGCUCGUCGCGCAGCGCCUGCGCGCGCUGCCGCCCGUCGCGCUCUGCGACCUGCCCGCGCACUACGCCAACCUCUACGGGGCGCUGCCCACGCCGGCGAUGCUGGAGGCGGAGUCGAUAGAGGCGCUGGUGUACGCGGCGGGCGGGUGCGUGGAGAAGGGCGCGGUGAGCGCGCCCGGCUGCGCGCCGGCGUGGGCGAGUGCGCUGCUGGCGGCGUGCGCGGCGCUGAGCGGCGACCGCAGCGUGGCGCGCGGCUCCACGCAAGAGUACUUCGGCGCGGCCUUCCGGCGCCUGCAGCGCGCCGAGCCCGACCUGCGGCGCCUGUUGGCGGCCGGCGUGCUGUUCGUGGUGCAGGACGCGCGCCUGCAGCUCUCCGCCGCCUGGCGCACCGUGUGGCGCCUCGCGCAGAUCCUGGCCGAGCGCCCCCCCAUGCCCAACGACGAGCUGUUCCUCGAGUACGCGAGGAGAUACGAGCCCGUGUUCCCGGGGGGAGAGUCCGGUACUGAAGGCGUGGGCGAGUUCCUCCGUCAAUACUCGGAGAUAUUCACGGAGAGUGAGAGCGCUCGCUGGUCGUUGUGCGCGGGAGUGGUAGUGCCUCGCUGCCGAGAGCCUGCUCCCGCACCGGCUCAUGAAGAUUAUUCUGUACAUGAUACUCCACCCGGGCAGAAGGGUUCCCGUGUAUUUGAAUCGCCAAAGAACAAUAUAUGGUGUUCUCCACCGGCCAGCGCCUUGCCGGCUCCGACAGCUUUACUCACACAGGAGAACCGACGUCGCAUCCGUCUGGCGGCGCAUUUUGAUUGUUCAUAA